AGGGAGGCACCUGGCGGGUCGCGCCGUGCCCGUCCGAGCGCGGGCGGGCAGCCUGACCCUUCUCUUGCAGCUGCGGCGCGGAGCAGCCAUGUCCGAAGGACGCGCCGCUGGCGAGUGGGAAAUCGACGUGGAGAGCCUGGAGGGGGAGGCGACCGAGGGCCUCGGCGCGCCGAGGGAGGAAGAAGAGGAGGAAGGCGAAGAGACGGCGGCGGCCCCGCGGCGAGGCGGCGGCGGGGAGCCGCGGAAGCUGAGCCGCACGCCCAAGUGCGCCCGGUGCCGCAACCACGGCGUGGUGUCGUGCCUGAAGGGACACAAGCGGUUCUGCCGCUGGCGCGACUGCCAGUGCGCCAACUGCCUGCUGGUGGUGGAGCGGCAGCGGGUGAUGGCCGCGCAGGUGGCACUGCGCCGGCAGCAGGCCACCGAGGACAAGAAGGGGCUGGCCGGGAAGCAAGCGAGCCUGGAGCGCAAAGCCGUCUACCAGAGGCACGUCCGGACGCCCAGCCUGCUGGCCAAGAGCAUCUUGGAAGGUUACCGUCCUAUUCCAGCAGACGCUUACCUGGGAGGAAACUCACCUUUGCCACCCCCUGUAAGUGACAGGAUGAGAAAGAGACGGGCUUUUGCUGAUAAAGAGUUGGAGAACAUUAUGCUAGAAAGAGAGUACAAAGAAAGAGAGAUGAUGGAAGCUACACAAGCAGCUGCCCUCUUCCUCCCGAACCGCAUGGUGCACGGAGCUGAAUACAAUGCGUACAAAACUGCCUUCAGCCCUGCUCAGGUUGAUGCUUCCGGCAAGGAGUUCUGCAAUUUCUUACCAACGUGCCUUGAUCUAACCAUGCAGUACUCGGGAUCUGGCAACAUGGAACUUAUUUCUUCCAAUGUCAGUGUAGCUACUACCUACAGGCAGUAUCCCCUGCCUUCCAGGUUCUUAGUGUGGCCGAAGUGUGGCCCCAUUAGCGAUGCUCUCCUCUACCAGCAGUGCCUGCUGAAUGCUACCACCGUCCAAGCUCUCAAACCAGGGGCAGGCUGGAACGCCAAGGUGGCACAAAGCCCGGAGUGUCCGAACACUGAGCAGGACAUCAUGUCUCCGAAACUGGAGAAUCCACUCCUCCUGACCCACACGCCUGACAUCCAGCAGGCAUGCAGCGAGGUGCCGUGCCUUCCCCAGGAGGCUCGGGAGAGGUCAGCCUUCUCUCCUCCAAAAAGGACUUUUUCUCAGAUUUCCGAUAAGGAUUCUCUGGCUCCUCAAGAGCAGGCAUUGAGCAAGGUCAGCAAAGACACGGCCAAGCCCGCUCCACCUAUCAAAUACAAUCCAUUUCAGUCACUGUUCCCGCAGACAUUUCCAGACAAAUCGGGAGCAGAGCUGAGAGCAUCGUUUAUGAAGGAGACUUUUGAAGAAGCAUCUAAGAAAUAUAGGGAGUUCAGCAUUAAAGAGAACCAGAAAUACAAGUUUACUAUAGAUAAAUGUACAAAAGACUUCUUUGGACCCAAACAGGCCACAACAAAACUGUCAGCAGCUGAGCCACUGUCAUUUUCAGUUGAAUCCAUCCUCAAAUGACCUUGUGCAGAGGCUCAUAUCUCCCAGUGAAUGAACUGCAACAUCACUGUAGAGAGCUUGUGUGCUUCGCCUUCUGCAGAAUUACUACUGCCCACCUUUUCUCUUAAAAGAUUUGUAAAGAGGAGUUUCUGCUGUAAAUGGUAAUUUUCUCUUUUUUCUCAAAAUGACAUACAUAAAUAUGCAUGUUUUCAGAAGAAAAGUGAAUUUAUAUUUUAUUUUUAAAAUAAGAAAUGGCACAUACAGAAGACUGUAGUGUUCUUUUAAGCAGAACUUCAGACCACUCAAUAAAACGAGUUUACCUGCAAAAACAGAUCUUCUUUGCCCUGCCAGUAAUAUCCCCUGAUCUUAGUUGUGUCUCUAGUCUCUUGCAGGCAAGUGUGCUCUGCUGUCAGAACACACCUAUUCCUUUGUGGGCUGGUACGAUGUACUGAGUUAUCUUGGGUAUGUGGUCACUCUGCUUUUAGCUUCCAGUACCUAAGGGAAGAGAUGCAUGUAGGCUAGUAUGAAUUGGAAGACUUCUGUUAUUAAGUGAAAUUUGCAUCAGAUUCCAAAUGCUGUUCUUAAUCUGAAGGUGAAGUGCUUGCUAGUAUAUAGACUGACUUAGCCCAUACCUCUCUACAAAACCUUCUAUUCCUAAAGCAAAGACUUAAUGGGUAGACUGUGUUUGGGGAUAAUGAGCUUUUUGUUUUUUUUUUUUUUUUGAG